AUGGAGGAACAGGAAGAUGUUCAAUACUGUUUUCAAGACAGAAACUCUUCUUGCAGAAAGACUUUGCUAUCAACAUCUAUCUACAUAACACUGUACAUCUUCUUCUCAUUGAUUUCAGCAGUUACAGUAUUUUUGAACAUACUGGUGAUCAUCUCCAUCUCUCACUUCAAGCAGCUCCACACUCCAACCAACCUGCUCAUCCUCUCUCUGGCUGUGUCAGAUCUCCUGGUGGGACUGAUUGUGAUACCAUUAACGAUGGUAGCAUUAAUGGAACCAUGCUGGGAUUUUGGGGAAUAUUUCUGUGGGUUUUAUUUCUGCAUCACUUGUUUGUGUUCUUCUUUAUCUGUGGGCAGUUUGGUCUUGAUAUCUAUUGACCGUUAUGUUGCUGUGUGUGAUCCUUUAUUGUACCACUCUAAAAUAACAAUAACAAGAAUUAUCUGUCUGCCACUUGCUAAUUCCUUAAUUAAUCCAAUAAUUUAUGCUUUAUUUUAUCCAUGGUUCAAAGUAACAGCUAAACUUAUUUUAACUUUGAAGUUAAGAUGUUCAUAG